CAUUCAUGAGCCGUAGUCAAUUAAACCGACAUUAAGAGACGAAAAUUUGGAAUUUUACUUUUGCAAUGGAGACUGUAUCGCUUGAGAUGUAUCCAAUGGGAAACAUUGAAAGUAUGGUUGAACCAAGACCAUACAUGCAAGACCUUCCUAGUCGUCUGGCUCGCCAUUCCGCUUCUACUGUGAUGAGGAGUCAGGCCUCUAUACCGCGGAAAAGCGUUGGGAAAACACUCCAACGAACUGGCGCUUUGAGAAGAGAUGGAAAUUUGCAAAGCCAGCAAGACGAAGUUUCGCCAGGGCCUGUGUGCGACCGCCAAAUGUUCGACUGUGGGUUUUCGGCAUUGCCUGAAGAAGUCUUAGAGAAAGUGAAUUUCAAAGCCGUCCCUUUACCGAUGUCACUCAAACGCCGGUUCAAGGAUUCUCUUCGGGCAAGAGCUCCUACGAGAAUUUCGAAAGGGAAAGCUUUGCUGAUGAGCGUAACUAAGGCAUGGACUCGCUUUCGAAUCGCUUUUAAAGAAAGCCUUUAUUCUCUGCAGCUUUGGCGCGGACACCUCAAAGAAAUUGAAGGCCAGUUCGGCGGCGGUGUAGUCUCGUACUUCGUAUUUCUUCGCUGGCUAAUGUUGCUAAAUUUAUUUGUCUUCAUGAUGGAGUUCGGCUUUGUUUCUCUUCCAACGCUAGUGAUCUGUUCUGACACGUCUGCGAAUCACGCGAACGGUCACGCAACUAACGUGACAAGCUGUAGAUACGACUCUGCUUAUUCCGCUUCAAACAAAUCGGACAGCGGUAUACUGACUGUAGUGUUAGACUUCUUUACGGGGCAAGGUUGGAUCAGUAACACAAUUAUGUUCUACAGUACUUAUCCGUCGGAUGUUAUUAUAUCCCAGGAGGGGGUGAGAUAUCUCUUACCGUUAGCUUACCUGAUGACCGGGGGCGCGUACUUCCUAUUCUGUCUCCUCAUCUUAGUAAAGAGUGCAUCGAGCGGCCUAAAACAAGGGUAUAUCGAUAGUGAGGGCGUGUUUAACUCAUUUUCUAACCGCUUGUUCUCUGCAUGGGAUUACUGUAUUUGUGAACGGAGUGCAGCUAUACAUAAAAAGCAGAUUAUCGUUAAGGACUUUUGCUUUGAAUUGGAGGAAGAAGAAAGAUUGAGACGAAUUCUAAACCGUACAAAGAAACAGAAAACGGCCUUAUAUGGAACUCGGAUUAUCAUUAAUCUGUUCAUUGUCCCAGCUCUUUGGUACGUGUCAUUCGUGCUCGUGUUCGGCGUCAUCUUCUCCAAAAAGGUCACUGAAAAAGGAAGGAAUCAGUUCGAGCAAAUGCUGAUUCGAUCGUCGUUGUCUUUAGCUAUAACAAUACCGAACCUUGUCCUUCCACCGUUGUUCGAGUUCUUGUCGGUAUUUGAGGACUGGGGCCCAAAAUUUGAAUUGGGGCUGAACCUUUUGCGGAGAAUUUGUGUCAAGCUGCCUUCCAUUGCGAUGUUAAUGAUCCUCCUGUAUAAGGACCUUGGUGAACGCAUCCAGGACGACUCGUUGCCGCUAUCAGCGCAUUGCGGACAAUGUUGGGAAAACGAGAUCGCUGCGCAGAUGUACAUGCUUGUCUGGGUCGAUUUCUUUGUUGUGUUACUAAUUACCCUCGGCGUUGAAACGUUUAGAAAGCUUCUUUACAAACACUGCAGCUGUUUCCGCAAAAUUGGAAUGGCACAGUUCGAUAUUUCUCGCAAUGUCAUCGACUUGGCGUACGGGCAGUGUUUGAUUCUGAUUGGCACGUUUUUCAGCCCCAUUCUCCCCGUCAUCGGCGUCCUGAAACUAAUCGUGUUUUUCUAUGUAAAGAAACUGAGCCUGUUUCACAACAAUCGACUGCCUGACAAACCCUUCCAAGGCGCGAAGCUGAGUUCUAUUUUCGCGCUUCUCCUACUCGUCACGUUUUUAAUGUCCACAGGGCUUGUUGGUUGGGGCGUGACAAAAGUGCCGACAUCUUACUGCGGACCGUUCAAGAAUACGGAAUGCAGCAAAGAGAAAUUUAUCAUCGAUGAAUUAUCCUUCGUGGUCUCGCGGUGGCCUGAGUCGAUUCAUGCGACACUGCGGUUCAUGCGCACAGCGGCGUUCCUCCUUCCCGUCAUGAUGGUGGUAUUGAGCCUACUCUACUAUUACCGCUCAAUGGCUCAUGAGCACCAACAAGUGAUUAAAACAUUGAAGGAUUAUCUCAUCGUUGAGGGACAGUUUAAGAAGAAACUACACUCUCAGUUAAUGUCCCAGCCAUAUAGCGGUAUAAAUGAGCGGAAGAGAUCUGAAAGAUACAACGAAGAGGACAUAUUGUUGGCCUCCCUGUCAGACUGAAAGGGGAUUUUACGCUCUAACUGAAAACUCUGAAAUACGGAGAUUAAAAUUGCUUGGCAGCUAUAGGCUGUGUUGCUGAUGUGGCCGACGUAAAAGGUAGCAGGAAAAAAAAAAUUAUGCGAGCACGACGUUUGGAUCUGAGCAGUUCCUACGCAAACCUCAUGGAAGGCGUUUUACAUUACUAUAAAUCCCUUCACCCCCUCUCUCGUUUGUGCGCGGUUAUGUCAAACUGAAAACUGUGUUAUUCCCAAUCAAGAACAGACAAACGAUUCUCUAGCCCUUAACUGUUUGUCUCCGUAUGUGUCUACGUAUGAUUCAUUCCAUCAUUUCUUCUUGCAAAAAAGAGAUCAUUUAUAUAACUGAUUGCCUCUUAAAAAAUUUCAGUUGUAGCUUAGUUGCUGCGGAGCGGGCUGUGUACGAAAGCAAACUAUCUAAGACGAAUCGAAAUGAAAACGACCCGUCAUAU